AUGAGCGGAAGACCGGAUUUGCUCAUCAUCGAUUCGACCGUCCUGGAUAUUGACGUCGCUCGCCGCCAAGCGUUGGCCGACAAGUGCAAUCUGUUGUACUAUGAUUGCCCGACGAUUGAUGAGUUCAAAGAACGGAUGAAGCCGGGCGGCCCUUAUGCCAAUAUCGUGGCCAUCAUGCGCAAUGGCUGGCACAAGGCUGGUCCUCUGGCAAACCAAUGCCCCUUUGCUGCUGACGUUGUGCCCUACUUCCCCAAGACGCUAAAGCUCAUCGCUUGCAGCGGACACGGAUACGAUGCCGCGGAUAUCGAAGGAUUAAGCGCCCGAGGCAUCUUGUACUGCAACACGCCAAACGCAUGCACUGAAGCUGUUGCCGUAACCACGUUAUCUCUUGUUAUCGACUCGUUCCGCUUCCUGUCUUUUGCCCAAUGGUGCGCAAGAUACGACUGGAUGAAGAGUCGAGAGCUGGGCCCGGUAGCUGUCGAUCCUACCAACAAGACUUUGGGUAUCGUGGGGCUAGGAGAUAUCGGUCUGGCCGUGGCCCAAAAAUGUGAAGCCGCGUUUGAUAUGAAGAUUCAUUAUCAAGGUCCAAGACCUAAGCCCGCAGCUGAACAGUCGUUAAAGCACGGGGCUGUAUACCACUCGACAGUUGAGGACAUGAUUCCCGAGAUCGACUGCAUUGUUCUUGCUGCGCCUUAUACAAAGAAAACUCAUCAUUUGCUGUCGCGCAAGCAGUUUGCCCUUGCAAAAAAGGAAGGUCUCCGUGUGGUGAACAUUGCAAGGGGUGCCAUGAUUGACGAGGAUGCAUUGAUAGAGGCUAUAGAGUCGGGGCGCGUUCCUGGAGCAGGACUUGACGUCCACGCCUCCGAGCCAGAGGUUAAUCCCGUACUCAGGGACAACUGGAAGGUUACUCUGCUGCCCCAUAUCGGAGUCUGCUCGAAGGGUAGCUGGGAGGAUUUUGAGCGAGUAAACCUAGACAAUAUCGAAGCAUUUUUUGCUACAGGAAAUCCAUUGACACCUGUCAAUCGAAUUAGCUAG